CAGACCGCCAUGACACAUUCCAAACUUGGACAACUCGGGAAACCGAGUAUCACAGCUUAUGGGAAAGGGCCCGACAUGUCCUGACUGCAGUUUUAACCGAGAUCUGCAGACCACCGGAGCCGAGAUGCCAGCUGGGCAUUUGAAAUCAGGCUGUUUCCUCUUCCUGUACCUCCUCUUCCAGGAUGCCCUCAGCAUCUGCACCAUCAGAAGUGCCAGCGAGUGCCGCGAUGCUAACGUCGUGCCGGGGGCCAGAUUGGCAGGGUUGGGCUAUGACGUGGUGACCCUGCGGCCCAAGGGGGCCUCUGUGAUCGACGUGAGCGCCUGGCGCUCGGCCAACGGGAGCUGCACCCUCUGCCGCAACGGGCACCUCGGUAACGUGCGCCAGCGGCUGCCCACCUCGCUGGUGGACUGGCGCACCCUGAGCUCCUGCCGCCUCUCGCUCUCCAGCGGGCUCCACCACUCGGCUGCUGAGCUGUCGCAGUCUGCCACCUCAGACAUCACCAACGACUGGCGGGCGGACCUGCCCCUUCCACCCAAACCGGGCACCGGUGCCAACCCGGUGCUGGCUGGCUCCAAGUCCAAGCUGGUGGAGUUUGGAACCACCCAUUCCAAGAGCGACCGCUACAGUUUCGCCAGCCACCAGUUCCAGUGCCUCUACUACCAGUUUCGGGUGAAGGCCCAGCCCCUCCUGGCACCCGAGUUCACCCGCUCCCUUUCCCGCCUCCCCACCGUCAUGAAUGACGACACCAAGUACCAAUACAAGAAGCUGGUGGCCACCUAUGGUACCCACUACCUCAAGUCGGUGGAGCUGGGUGGACACUACAAGUCCGUGACGGCUAUUCGGACUUGUGAGGCAGCGUCCGAGGGCUACAGCACCGAGGAGGUGAAGGACUGCCUGUCUUUAGAUGCCCAUGUCACCCUGCAGUUGACCACAAAAUCCUCAGCGGGUUACCAGAAAUGCAAGGAGAUGGCACGUGCCAUGAAGCCCAACAAGGUCUACCAGGCCUUCAGUGACCGGGAGACAGAGUUGAGGGGGGGGAGGGUCCAGCAGAGGACAGACCUCUUCUUCUCCGGGGAUAGCUCGGCCUUCACCAGCUGGAUGGGGAGCCUGUCCACUCACCCGGGCAUGGGGCGCUAUGCCCUGGAACCUCUCCACCACCUGCUUCCCAACAGUGACCCCAGGCAUGCGAUCCUGCGGCGCUACAUCAGCGACUACAUCGCGGGCGGUGGCCUCUCCCUGCAGUGCACUCGGUGCCCCCACGGGUCCUACCACGAUCCACGCCAACCCUGCUCCUGCUUGUGCCACGGGGAGAGUCACGUGGACCGGAACUGCUGCUCCAAGGGGAAGGGGCUGGGUCGCCUGGUGGUCACCGUCUGGGAGGGCCGGGACCUCCGGGGGGACGCUUUCUCCAAAGCCGACGGCUACGUGGUGGUCAAGUACGGAGAGGCGAAGGCCAGGACCUCCAUGAUCUCAAACAACAGGCACCCCCAGUGGAAUGCCGAGUUGGACCUGGGCGAGGUCAAGGCUGAGAGUGGGCACAAGCUGACCAUCGAGGCCUGGGACCAGGAUGCCAAACACGAUGACCUCCUUGGCACCUGUCAGGUCCGACUCACCUCUGGCACCCACGGUGAAACCUGCUUCCUCAAGUACGGCAAGGUGACCUAUGGCUACACCUUCACCUGUGGUCCCCACCUGGGUGGCGCCACCUGCCAGGAUUACAUGCCCAGCCCGGCUGAGUGACACUUCACCCCUAACAGGGUCUUGCCAAACGCACCCUCCUUCCCAACACACUCCUGCCCACCCUGCCUGAGCUACCAUUCCCCUUUCCGUCGCCCUGUCCCUGGCAGCAUCUUGCUCGGACCGUGUCAUAGAGUCAGAGAGUCGGCACGGAGACAGACGCUUUGGCCCAAUAUGCCCCAAACUGUUUCUCAUUCUCUGCAACCAUCCACAAUCUCAGUUGAGCUGAACGCCCUCCACCUCCACUCCAAUGUCCAACCAAGCUCUCCCCAUUUCCCUGCUCUUGGCCCGCCCUCUCCGAACCACCAGCGGCCUACUUCUCCUGACCCUUUCCCUGGGAGCCCCUUUAUCGGAUUGUAUCAAGGCUAUAUUAUUGUAGCUAUCACUUCUGUGUGGGUGCACUGUUAAAUCAAAUAUGUUUUAAAGCUUUUUCCAAACACGCUAGCACUGCAGCCCAUCAAGAAGUGCAACUAAGCUGAUUUCUAUGUACAUUUGUAUAAUCUCAUAUAUUUGUAAUAAAUCCAACUCAAUGGC